CAACAAACAUAAGAAAACAUUGUUCAUACGAUGUUGUCCUUUGGACACCUUUCGACUGUAAUGCCACCUUUGCCUCUGCUAACACUAUACCCAACUUCAAAAUCACUCUUCAAUUUGAGCCCACAUACCAAAAACCUUGAAGAUCUCAAACUCAUCGACACAUCCACUCUGCAAAUUAUCCAUCAGAUCACGUAGUGAAGAUGGAGGAAGAGAUGAUUGCACUGCGUAAUGUAAUGCCAGUUGAGCUUGCUAUAAAAAGAGAAAUGGAAUAUCGGGCUAAAAUUGAGCUCAUGAAGAACGGGCGUCUUGUUAACUUAAAUCCGUUGGUACCUUCUCAGGUGCAUCCCGCAAGCCAUGCAACGUUAAAGAGAAAAGAGCCGUGUUCAAGUAGCACAUCACUAGAAAGGCGUUCCAUCGGGCUCGUUUGCAAGAUUUGUCAGAUGACAUUCAAUAGCGUUAAUCAACUAAAGCAACAUUCGAAUACUAUAAAGCACAAAGGCAAUGUACUGCAGUUGAAAAAACGGGGUCAAAACGUUAGCACCCCGUUUUUAUGUGAGCUUUGUAACUCAUCGUGCUCGAGUGCGGGUAUAAUGGAUGAUCAUCUUAGAGGCACAAAACAUGUUACCCUCCUGCAAGAGUUUGCUGCAAGUUUGUACACCUGAUUGUGUAAAUUAAUGUGAUUCUGAGAUUUAUAUGUGAUCUGUAGACUGUUAGAUGUUUAAAAAAUGGACUUUAUGGAACCAAUGGAACUUGGUUUUUUAUUUUA